GAAAAACAUAUGGCUAUACAUUGAUAUUGUUAUACAUAUCGAAAGAGAAGAAAUCAGAACCACUUUUAAGUUUCAAAAGCUGCAGAAAAAUGGACAAGCUUUCACUGUGUAACAGUCUCUCCUCUACUACUAUUAUGUUACCAUCCCGUCACCAUUCAUCAUCGCGUGAACUCAAAAUUCAACCAGUUAUCACUAAAACCCGUUUUACAACUUCUGCAAUAAAAUCCGAUGGUUCAGUUGCUGCUUCAAAGGGGUGCAAAGCUUGUCGGGGCCAAGGUGCGAUAGAAUGCCCAGGGUGCAAGGGAACUGGAAGGAAUAAGAAGAAUGGGAACAUCUUCGAGAGAUGGAAGUGUUAUGAUUGCCAGGGAUUUGGCAUGAAAGGUUGUCCGAGUUGUGGUAAGGGUGGACUUACUCCAGAGCAGAGAGGGGAGAGAUAAAUCAUAAAUCCGUAAAUGUGAAAUGUCUGCAGUUAACACGGGUACUCUAGUAUUCGCUGAGAGUUAGUUGGCUUCUACCUAGCCUUCUAGAACCCUAUUUGUAACUUGGUUGUACUCGUGCAUCCGUUAGUCGUUCAAGAAGAAGAAGAAAAAUGUUCACUAGUUUUUUUUUUUUUUUUUAUCUACAAAGAAUAUACUCUAUCGAAAAACGGAAAAGCUAUUCAACUCACUCUUUUCCACCUC